GUAUCAUCAAAGUCCAGUGAAUCUUAGCUGACUUCGUCAAUCUUCUUAUUCUCAAACAACAGAUUUUCAUCUUCUUUUUCUUUUUUCUAUUUAUCAACAAAAUUAACAAACUCUCUUUUUUUCUCUCUCUCUCUCUUCUAAUCUUUCCCCCUUCUCUUAUGUUCUGUUGUAAUUCGCCUAAUCUCUCCACAUUUUCCUUACAGCCUUCUCUUUUCUUUUUCUUCCCUCAAUUUAAUCUCCCUCUCCCCGCCUACUUCGCUUUCCUGCCCCUCACAUUUCACCUUCUUUGCGUUUCUCAUUGGCCGGGCAUUUAGGAGAGGAAUUGAAAUCUGAUCUUUUGUGAUAUGAGUGCUUGAUUCGUCUCUUUAAUGCAUAGCCUAUUUCAAUAGUAAACCCAAAAACACGACAUCAUGUCCGGACCAUUGUUUUCCAAACCAGCUCUUGAAGGGUCUGAUCUUGAGAAUUCCGAGGAUGAAAAGAAUACAUCUAUUGGGUCCUUCAAGCAGAAGGCAGCGCAUGCCUCCUCCAAGUUCAGACAUUCUAUGACAAGAAGGGGCAGGAGAAGUAGUAAAGUUUCAUCUGUGGUAAUUGAAGACGUGCGCAACACAGAUGAGAUGCAGGCUGUUGAUGCCUUUCGCCAAGCAUUAAUAUUAGAGGAGUUGCUACCCGCCAAGCACGACGACUAUCACAUGAUGCUCAGAUUCUUGAAGGCCAGGAAGUUUGAUAUUGAGAAAACCAAGCAAAUGUGGUCUGACAUGCUCCAGUGGCGUAAAGAAUUUGGCGCUGACACCAUAUUGGAGGAUUUUGUAUUUGAGGAGCUCGAUCAAGUCUUGGAUUAUUAUCCUCAAGGACAUCAUGGUGUAGAUAAGGAAGGACGGCCAGUAUAUAUUGAGAAGUUGGGAAAGGUCGAUCCCACAAAGUUAAUGCAAGUCACUGAUCUUGACCGCUAUUUGAAAUACCAUGUACGGGAGUUUGAGAAGACAUUCUUGGUAAAGUUUCCUGCCUGUUCAAUAGCCUCCAAGAGGCACAUUGAUCAAAGUACAACAAUAUUGGAUGUCCAAGGAGUGGGACUUAAAAACUUCAAUAAAACUGCCCGGGAACUCAUUUCCCGCCUUCAAAAAGUUGAUGGCGAGAACUAUCCAGAGACCUUGAAUCGUAUGUUCAUCAUUAAUGCCGGUUCCGGAUUUAGAAUGUUGUGGAACACUGUAAAAUCUUUUCUAGAUCCUAAAACCACAGCAAAGAUCCAUGUUCUUGGAAAUAAAUACCAAAGCAAGUUGCUGGAAAUUAUUGAUUCAAGUGAAUUGCCAGAAUUUCUUGGAGGCACAUGUACCUGCGCCGAUCAAGGAGGAUGCAUGCGUUCUGAUAAAGGUCCAUGGAAGGACCUAAAUAUAUUAAAGAUGGUCAACAAUGGAAACCAUAAAUGUUUAAUGGAAUGCGGGGAUAACGAGGGACAUCACUUACCCGAUGUUAAGGAUGUCUGCACCAUCUCCCCCAAACAUUCUUUUAAUCACGUUGAGCAUCAAUCACUCUCUUCUCUCCCUGAGGUUCCAAUUACCAAGAAUAUUCAAGUGCCUUACAAUGAGGAUUGUGUUCGGGUGAUCGAUAAAAAUGUGGAUUUUGCAUGGAAAACAGUGCCAGAAAAGAAAAUGUUAGCCUCUUCCAAGGCAAUAGAUUGUGGUUUAGCCGGUUCAGUAGAGGCCCCUGGGGGUCUUAAAUUCAAGUUUGUCGCUAAUAUUGUGGCCUUCCUAAUGGGAAUUUCUGCUACGGUGAGAUUGGCUCGCACCAUGCCUAAGAAGCUCACUAAUGCCUCCAUUUACUCCAACCCAGUUUACUGUGCUGACGACCCGAUGUACAAGGGUCAGUGUCAGGGUCAGCCACCUUUAUUACAACCCUUACCUGAUUACAUGUCCACCGUUAAGCGCAUGGCUGAAUUGGAAGAGAGAGUCAAUAAGUUGUGCAUUAAACCUCCUGACAUGCCUCGCGAGAAAGAGGAGCUACUGAAAGCUACAAUAACCCGCGUUGAAGCCCUUGAACAGGAGCUUAUCGUAUCCAAAAAGGUUUUGGAGGAAACAAUGGCUAGACAAGCUGAGAUCUUUGCUUAUAUUGAGAAAAAGAAGAAAAAGAGGAGACUGAUACCAUUCCGCUGGUGAAGGGAUAUAUCCCACAAACGAUCACAGCUACGACCGGUUAAGCGAUCGCCCCCAAACACCAAAUCUCUCCGCUCUCUGUUUAAAACCAGAAAAAAAAUGUAAAUGGAGUUCUGGUGAAGUUGUUUCAAUUUUAUUGUACACAGUAUUUAUUUCUGAUGUAAACCUGAGUUCGUCGUCAUUAGAUUAACCAAAAGAAGAAAACCCCCAUCUCUUUAAAUAUGAUGGGGGGGAUGUAAAUUCAUAAGAGUUUCUGCAAGAAACGAAAUCAAACACGUGUGUUUUACUACAAAGCAAA